UUUUUCUCUUCGCAGCCUCAGAAAUAUCCUUUCCUCUCCUGUUUUGAUCUCAACCACUUUCCCUUCUUUCCACCCCUCCCCAAAAACCAUGGAAAAUCCACUCAGAAGAAAGACUCCCAACAGAUCCAAACAGAAGAUCAGAAAGCCUGUAAAAGUGGUAUACAUAUCCAACCCCAUGAAGGUCAAGAUCUGCGCCUCCAAAUUCAGGUCACUGGUGCAAGAGCUCACGGGUCAGGAUGCUGAAUUUCCAGACCCCACCAAGUUCGCCGACGCCGAUGCUGUCGGCAGCAAUCAGACGGUUCCGGAUGAGGCUUUGCUUAAAGAUGAUGAUCAUGGGGUGGUGGUCCCCACUGCACCGGAGGCCUUGCAGGGGAAGGCAGCCGAGAGGGAAGAUGAUGCCAGUUUGGAUGAUGACUUCAGCGCUCAGUUGCUGGAGAAUUUUGCACCCAGCUUUUAUCAUGAGCCUGCCUACAUAGAUAUUCCAAAGAAUUGGUGAGCAACGCUGGGUCUUGAUCAGGUUACAACUUAGUAACUCCUCGUGAAUUUCUUAGUCUCGAUGCAUAUGACUCUUGCUGCACCAAAAUAUUUAGCAACAUGUACGUGUUGAGGAGCCUUGAUUCACUGUAGAGAUUGAGUAAGCUCAUCUAUUAUGGCGUACAAUAUAGGUAUAUCUUUUGCUUGAUAUGCAAAUAAAAAUGUUUGUUUCUUUGAUUUACUUUGCAGUUUGCAGUUUUAUUUAAUGGAAAUCUAAUGUGAUUCUUGUUUUCCAAAGUGCUUUAAGGGAGGAUUCUUGGGAAACAUAUAUAUGAAGAAGAAAUGUUAUGGGACCCAAGUCCUUGAAUGUUGAAUACAAACAAGUCUAUGAAAAAGAAAAGAACACUCAAUUGCUGUACACAUGGACUGGCUCCUUCUCUUUGAGGUCAUAGGAAAAGCAGGGUUAAUAUAUCAUUAAGAUGUAGUCAAAUAUGUGGUACUCUGGGAAAAAAGUCGUGAGAGUGAUUUUUGUAAUUCAUUAGUUGAAAGUAUAAAGUCUUUAGACUGGU